AUGAUGAUGAUGAUGAAAAAAAUGCACCCCCCGAGGCGGGAGGAGGAGGAGGAGGAGCACGCGAAAGAGGCGAACUAUGCAAGAGGCCCCAGGAACUCAGUCUCUGGUGACAGACCCCUGUUCCGGCCGAAGAGCUCCCAGCAGACUGUCCUCUCCUGGCAAGCUGCGAUCGAUGCUGCUCGACAAGCCAAGGCUGCCCAGACUAUGAGCACCUCCAACCCCCAACCUGUCGGGUCUCUGUCCCAAAGAAAACGUCAGCAAUAUGCCAAGAGCAAAAAACAGGGGAGCUCCUCGAGCAGCCGGCCAGCCCGGGCCCUUUUCUGUUUCUCUCUGAACAACCCCAUCCGAAGAGCCUGCAUUAGUAUCGUGGAAUGGAAACCAUUUGACAUAUUUAUAUUGUUGGCGAUUUUUGCCAAUUGUGUGGCCUUAGCUGUUUACAUCCCAUUCCCAGAAGAUGAUUCUAACUCAACCAAUCAUAACUUGGAAAAAGUAGAAUAUGCCUUCCUGAUCAUUUUUACAGUUGAAACAUUUUUGAAGAUUAUAGCCUAUGGAUUAUUGUUACACCCUAAUGCUUAUGUUAGGAAUGGAUGGAAUUUGCUGGAUUUUGUAAUAGUAAUAGUAGGAUUGUUUAGUGUAAUUUUGGAACAAUUAACCAAAGAAACAGAAGGAGGUAACCACUCUAGUGGCAAAUCAGGUGGUUUUGAUGUCAAAGCCCUUCGCGCCUUUCGAGUGUUGAGACCACUUCGGCUAGUAUCGGGCGUGCCCAGUUUACAAGUUGUCCUGAAUUCCAUUAUAAAAGCCAUGGUUCCCCUCCUCCAUAUUGCCCUUUUGGUAUUAUUUGUAAUCAUAAUCUAUGCUAUUAUAGGAUUGGAACUUUUUAUUGGGAAAAUGCACAAAUCUUGUUUUUUCACUGAUACAGAUAUUUUAGCUGAAGACGACCCAGCACCUUGUGCGUUCUCAGGGAAUGGGCGCCAGUGUACCGCCAAUGGCACGGAAUGUAGAAGUGGAUGGGUUGGACCAAAUGGAGGCAUAACCAACUUUGAUAAUUUUGCCUUUGCAAUGCUUACUGUUUUCCAAUGUAUUACCAUGGAAGGCUGGACAGAUGUGUUGUACUGGGUAAAUGAUGCAAUAGGAUGGGAAUGGCCAUGGGUGUAUUUUGUUAGUCUGAUCAUCCUUGGCUCAUUUUUCGUCCUUAACCUGGUUCUUGGUGUGCUUAGUGGAGAGUUUUCCAAGGAAAGAGAAAAGGCCAAAGCCCGAGGGGACUUCCAGAAACUCCGGGAGAAGCAACAGCUCGAAGAGGAUUUGAAGGGCUACUUGGAUUGGAUAACUCAAGCGGAAGACAUCGACCCAGAGAAUGAGGAGGAAGGUGACUUGAACUUGGAGGAGGGGGGAGGGAUGACACCCACCCUGAAACAUUUGAAGGGUUUCAAGCUGUUUUUAUAUUUCAGCCGACGUUGGCGUCGCUGGAACCGUUUCAGUCGGAGAAGAUGUCGAGCUGCAGUGAAAUCGGUUUCAUUCUAUUGGCUGGUGAUCGUCUUAGUGUUCCUCAAUACCUUGACGAUUUCCUCUGAGCAUUAUAAUCAGCCCGAUUGGUUGACCCAGAUUCAAGAUAUUGCCAACAAGGUUCUCCUGGCCAUGUUCACCUGUGAGAUGCUAGUCAAGAUGUAUAGCCUGGGCCUCCAGGCCUAUUUUGUCUCCCUUUUCAAUCGGUUUGAUUGCUUUGUGGUGUGUGGCGGGAUCACUGAGACCAUCCUGGUAGAAUUGGAAAUCAUGUCUCCUCUGGGCAUCUCUGUGUUUCGGUGUGUGCGCCUCUUGCGCAUUUUCAAAGUGACCAGGCAUUGGACAUCUCUAAGCAACUUGGUGGCAUCUUUGUUAAACUCAAUGAAGUCCAUUGCUUCCCUGUUGCUCCUGCUUUUCCUCUUCAUCAUCAUCUUCUCAUUGCUUGGAAUGCAGCUGUUCGGGGGCAAAUUUAACUUUGAUGAGACCCAGACAAAGAGGAGCACCUUUGAUAAUUUUCCUCAAGCUCUUUUAACAGUGUUUCAGAUUCUUACAGGUGAAGACUGGAAUGCCGUCAUGUAUGAUGGAAUUAUGGCUUAUGGGGGCCCAUCUUCUUCAGGAAUGAUAGUCUGUAUAUACUUCAUCAUCCUCUUUAUUUGUGGUAACUAUAUUCUGUUGAAUGUUUUCUUGGCCAUUGCUGUGGACAAUUUGGCUGAUGCUGAAAGUCUGAAUACUGCCCAGAAAGAAGAAGCAGAGGAAAAGGAAAGGAAGAAGACUGCCAGAAAAGAGAGUCUGGAGAAUAAAAAGAAUGACAAGCCAGAAAUCAACCCGAUGGCUAACAGUGAUCACAAGGUUAUAAUUGAUGAUUACAGAGGAGAGGAUGAAGACAAGGACCCCUACCCACCUUGUGAUGUCCCAGUAGGUGAAGAGGAAGAGGAAGAAGAAGAUGAACCAGAGGUCCCUGCUGGUCCCCGCCCUCGUAGAAUCUCCGAGUUAAAUAUGAAGGAGAAGAUUAUCCCCAUUCCCGAAGGGAGCGCUUUCUUCAUUUUUAGCAAAACAAAUCCAAUUCGAGUGGGCUGCCACAGACUUAUCAAUCACCACAUCUUUACCAACCUCAUCCUUGUCUUCAUCAUGCUCAGCAGCGCUUCCCUUGCCGCUGAAGACCCCAUCCGAAGUCACUCCUUUCGGAAUAUCAUACUGGGUUACUUUGACUAUGCUUUCACAGCCAUCUUUACUGUCGAAAUCCUGUUAAAGAUGACAACCUUUGGAGCAUUCCUUCACAAAGGGGCAUUCUGUAGGAACUACUUCAACUUGCUGGACAUGCUGGUAGUGGGUGUGUCUCUGGUAUCAUUUGGGAUUCAAUCAAGUGCUAUCUCCGUUGUGAAGAUUUUGAGAGUCUUAAGGGUUCUGAGGCCCCUCAGGGCCAUCAACAGAGCAAAAGGACUUAAGCAUGUGGUUCAGUGUGUCUUUGUUGCUAUUCGAACCAUAGGCAACAUCAUGAUUGUCACUACCCUGCUCCAGUUCAUGUUUGCCUGCAUUGGUGUCCAGCUGUUUAAGGGGAAGUUCUACCGGUGCACGGAUGAAGCCAAAAGUAACCCUGAAGAAUGCAGGGGACUCUUUAUCCUUUACAAAGAUGGGGAUGUUAAUAGCCCAAUGGUUCGGGAGAGAGUUUGGCAAAAUAGUGAUUUCAACUUUGACAACGUCCUUUCAGCUAUGAUGGCUCUUUUCACGGUCUCCACAUUUGAAGGAUGGCCUGCGUUAUUGUAUAAAGCCAUCGACUCCAAUGGAGAGAAUGUUGGCCCAAUCUAUAACUACCGGGUGGAGAUUUCCAUCUUCUUCAUCAUCUACAUCAUCAUCGUGGCCUUCUUCAUGAUGAACAUCUUUGUGGGCUUUGUGAUUGUCACCUUUCAGGAGCAGGGGGAGAAAGAGUACAAGAACUGUGAGCUGGACAAGAAUCAGCGUCAGUGUGUCGAAUAUGCCUUGAAAGCCCGGCCUCUGCGGAGAUAUAUUCCCAAAAAUCCCUACCAGUACAAGUUCUGGUAUGUGGUGAAUUCCUCCCCCUUUGAGUACAUGAUGUUCGUCCUCAUCAUGCUCAACACCUUGUGCUUGGCCAUGCAGCAUUAUGAACAAUCCAAGAUUUUCAAUGAUGCCAUGGAUAUCCUGAACAUGGUCUUCACAGGAGUGUUCACUGUGGAGAUGGUCUUGAAAGUCAUUGCAUUCAAACCGAAGGGAUAUUUUAGUGAUGCCUGGAAUACGUUUGACUCCCUCAUCGUUAUCGGCAGCAUUGUAGACGUCGCUCUCAGCGAAGCGGAUAACUCGGAAGAGAGCAACAGAAUCUCCAUCACAUUUUUCCGUCUUUUCCGAGUGAUGAGACUGGUGAAGCUUCUCAGCAGAGGGGAAGGAAUCCGGACCCUGCUGUGGACUUUUAUUAAAUCCUUUCAGGCUCUCCCAUAUGUUGCCCUUCUCAUAGCUAUGUUGUUCUUCAUCUAUGCUGUCAUCGGGAUGCAGAUGUUUGGGAAAGUGGCCAUGAAAGAUAACAACCAGAUCAAUAGGAACAACAACUUCCAGACAUUUCCACAAGCCGUGCUGCUCUUGUUCAGGUGUGCAACUGGUGAGGCCUGGCAAGAAAUCAUGCUGGCAUGUCUUCCUGGGAAGCGCUGUGACCCAGAUUCGGAUUAUAGCCCUGGAGAGGAGUUCACGUGUGGCAGCAAUUUUGCCAUCGUUUAUUUCAUCAGUUUUUAUAUGCUCUGUGCUUUUCUGAUCAUCAAUCUGUUUGUGGCUGUCAUCAUGGACAACUUUGAUUACCUGACCCGCGACUGGUCUAUUUUGGGUCCACAUCAUUUGGAUGAAUUCAAAAGAAUAUGGUCAGAAUACGACCCGGAGGCGAAAGGGAGAAUUAAGCACCUGGAUGUGGUGACUCUGCUUCGAAGGAUCCAGCCUCCGCUGGGGUUUGGCAAGUUGUGCCCACACAGAGUAGCCUGCAAGAGAUUAGUUGCCAUGAACAUGCCUCUCAACAGCGAUGGAACAGUCAUGUUUAAUGCCACGCUAUUUGCCUUGGUUCGAACUGCUCUGAAAAUCAAGACUGAAGGUAACCUGGAACAGGCAAAUGAGGAGCUGCGAGCGGUCAUCAAGAAAAUCUGGAAGAAAACCAGCAUGAAGCUUCUUGACCAAGUUGUCCCUCCAGCUGGUGAUGGUGAGGUAACCGUGGGGAAGUUCUAUGCCACUUUCCUGAUACAGGACUACUUUAGGAAAUUCAAGAAACGCAAAGAACAAGGCCUGGCGGGAAAGUACCCUGCGAAGAACGCCACGAUUGCUCUCCAGGCGGGAUUAAGGACCCUUCAUGAUAUUGGGCCAGAAAUCCGUCGUGCUAUAUCAUGUGAUUUGCAAGAUGAUGAACCUGAGGAAAAAAAACAAGAGGAAGAGGAAGAUGUAUUCAAAAGAAAUGGUGCCUUGUUUGGAAACCAUGUCAAUCAUGUCACUAGUGAUAGGAGAGAUUCCCUUCAGCAGACAAAUACCACCCACCGUCCCCUGCAUGUCCAAAGGCCUUCAAUUCCAUCUGCAAGCGAUACUGAGAACCCAAUGUUUCCUCCAGCAGGAAAUUCGGUGUAUCCUAACCAUCAUAACCAUAAUUCCAUAGGAAAGCAAGUUCCCAACUCAACAAAUGCCAAUCUCAAUAAUGCCAAUAUGUCCAAAGUUGCUAACGGGAAGCACCCCAGCAUUGGAAACCUUGAGCAUGUGUCUGAAAAUGGGUAUCAUUCACACCACAAGCAUGAGCAUGCGCCUCAAAGAAGGUCAAGUAUCACAAGGUCUGAUUCUGGUGACGGGCCGCUCCCCACUAUUUGUCGGGAAGACUCUGAGGGGUAUGACUACUUCAGGGAUGACCAUUGCUUGGGGGAGCAGGAGUAUUUCAGUGGCGAUGAGUACUAUGAGGACGAUUGUAUGCUGGUGGGGAGCAGGCAAACCUAUGACUUCUACGACAGAUGCCCAGGCAGCAGCUCCGACUUUGAGAGGCCCCGGGGCUAUCAUCACCCGCACGGGUUCUUGGAGGAGGAUGACUCACCCAUCUGCUAUGAAUCCAAGAGAUCUCCAAGGAGACGGCUGCUGCCUCCCACCCCCACAUCAAAUCGGAGGCCAUCCUUCAACUUUGAGUGCCUGCGUAGGCAGAGCAGUCAAGACGAGAUCACGCUGUCUCCUUCCUUCCAUCAUCGUGCAGCUUUGCCCUUGCACCUGAUGCAGCAACAGAUCAUGGCAGUUGCAGGCCUGGAUUCUAGUAAAGCUCAGAAAUACUCACCAAGUCACUCAACCCGGUCAUGGGCUACUCCACCAGCCACCCCUCCAUACAAGGACCGGACUCCUUACUAUACUCCCCUAAUACAAGUAGAACGGUCAGACUCCCUGGAUCAGAUGAAUGGAAGCCUGCCUUCCUUACACCGGAGCUCCUGGUAUACAGAUGAGCCUGAUAUCUCCUAUCGGACAUUCACACCAGCCAGUCUGACCAUCCCCAGUGACUUCCGGCACAAACACAGUGACAAGCAGAGAAGUGCGGAUAGCUUGGUAGAAGCUGUCCUGAUCUCAGAAGGCUUGGGUCGCUACGCCAGGGACCCAAAAUUCGUGUCUGCUACAAAACACGAAAUUGCCGAUGCUUGUGACAUGACCAUCGAUGAGAUGGAAAGUGCAGCAAGUCACCUUCUGAAUGGCAACGUAAGCAACGGGGCCAACGGGGCCGCGUGUCCCAUUUUGAGUAGACGAGACGAUGAAUUUCCUGACUUUGGUCCCGGUUCUAGUGAUGAGGAAGCAGACCCUGGCAGAUAUGAAGAGGAUUUGGCUGACGAGAUGAUGUGCGUCACGACCUUGUAGGGUUUGGAGAGAAGCUGCUGCGCUGCAGAUA